UGUCUUCACCUGCACACUGUUUUCCCCUCUCUCCAUCUCACACGUCUUCCUACAGGGCCUUGAGAAAGCUUUUGGAAGCCCAGGGCAGCGCCCUCUAUUUUUACAUUUUUCAUCCCGCAACCAUGGCGACGGCUCACAACAUUGCCUCACACAAGUCCUAAUGACAUAAGCGCUCUUUCCUGGACACAGUCUCCCCGGCUCCAUUCUUGAACAGACAGCCCAGUCUUACUCAAUACUCAUCUGCUAUUGUACUUUCUCACUGUGUGGCUAUGGAACCAUCAGUGUCAGCACUGGAACUUUCUGGAAUUCUCAUCCAGAGGCGAGAUGGUUCCAAUCCUUGCCUCAGCCUCUACACAGCUCAGGGUUCACUGAGCUCUCCUGGUGGUGCUGUGCCAUGGUGGGAGAGAUCUGAAUUAAAUGAUGUCGAGAGAAUUUGGGCUCUUACUUUAACAGCCCUUUGCCCAACCCUGCAAACACAUCAGGAGGAAUGUAUUCCCCAGCUCCCCCCACCCUCAUCCACACUUCUGCAGGGAGCUCCUGUGGAAAAAGUAAGUGACUGGAAGUGGGGCAGUCCAAAUAAAGAUUUUGACCUUCCAGAUCUGCCCGCUCCAUCUUAUGCUCUUCACCCUCCUCCUGUGAAUGACCCCACUUCACGCCCUCCAACAGUAGAGGACACUGGGGAAUCAACAGCCCGUACCGAUCAAGGGGAGGGCGCAUCAGUGUGUGACCUGCAACCUACGCAGCAUCAGCACCUAGAAGGUCAUGCAUCAUUAGAUAAACAGAGUGACAGACUUGGCCCAGCAAGGAAAGUCUCUCAGCGUGGAGAAAUCACAGAUGAUCAUGGGAAUGCAGCAGUCAAGAUGUGCAGCUCAUUAAAGAGACCCCUGAGCUACGAAGAGGGCGAGAGAAUUAAACUGAAUACUAAUUCACCUUCUGUGCACAGAUACGGACAGAACAGUUCAGUCCCAACAGGAAGGCAGGGACGAGAAGGAGAGAAGAGGGGUGGUUUAGGUAACCAGGUGGUUGCAUCUGGAUCUGGAGCAGGAGGAUCUAAAUUAAGAGUGGGAACAAAACAAGGAGCAGGAGGAUCUGGAACACAGCUGAAAACAAAACCAGGAGCCGGAGGAGCAACAUCAGGACUUGGAAUAAAAUCAAGAGCAGGAGGAUCUGAAUCAGAGCUCGGAACGGAAUCAGGAGCGGGAGGGUCUGGAUCAGGGCUCAGAACAAAAACAGGAGCAGGAGGAUCUGGAUCGGGACUUGGAACAAAAUCUGGAGAAUCUAUGUUAAGCUUGGAAAUAAAACCGGAAUCUAAAUCAGAACUGGAGUGCUGCCCCAUGUGUCUGAUGGCAUUUCCUGCAGGGUUCUCCCAAAUGGAAUGUGAUGGACAUCUUGCACAGUGUUUAUCAGAGAUGCAUGAAGAUAUCGUCUGGUGAAGACAUAAACCAGUUUUCUGUUUCUUCUAUAUGAGCUUUCCAGCGUGUGCUUGCAAAGCAUUUGGACCUUUCAGAUGUUCUGCAUAUGAUCAUCUCGACCCUUUGAUUUCAUUUCUGAAACUGGAUUGCAAAAGAAAAACGCAAUAAAGACAAACUGACGUGUUCUCCAGAUCACGACAUUGUUUUUCUUACUCUUUUGUCCCACACCCAGAAAUCAUGAGACAGAAAUCUAAACUCAACGUUAACUGGUUUACAGUUGUGGAAUGUUAAACUCAGCCUAAGGAAAGUCCACUAUAGCUUUCAUUUACAAUAAUUUAUAAAACAAACACCAAGUAGAAAAGUGUUCACUUGUAGCGCAUC